UCUCAUCUCAAAAGUAGCACCAGCUUCUCAGUCCUCGCUUUUCCUUUAAUAUAUAUCUUGCACACAAGUUUCUUAAUAUUGUUUGUCAAUGGCUUCAUCUGAUAGCAAUAGCAUGCUAAGGUUGGAGGGCAAGGUGGCGAUCAUCACUGGAGCGGCGAGUGGGAUCGGAGAAGCCACAGCGAGGCUCUUCGCCGCUCAUGGCGCAACCGUUGUCAUCGCCGACGUACAAGACGAGCUCGGUGAGGCCGUCGCUGCUUCCAUCGGCCUUCACAAGUCCAGCUACAAGCACUGUGAUGUCACUGACGAGAAGCAGGUGGAGGAAAUAGUGGAUUACACUGUGGGGAAGUACGGGCGUUUAGACAUCAUGCAUGGCAACGCAGGCAUACUCGGACCAAUUGAAGGUGUUAUGGAUAUGGACCUGACCCAACUGGACAAAACGCUGGCCGUGCACGUCCGUGGCACUGCAGCAGCGAUCAAGCACGCGGCGCGUGCCAUGCGAGCGAGCGGCACUCGCGGGUCCAUCAUCUGCACAGCAAGCGUCGCGGCAAGACAAGGCAAUCUCGGACCCGUAGCGUACACUGCGGCGAAGCACGCUGUGAUUGGGCUGAUGCGCUCGGCCGUGUCAGACCUUGGGGCGCAUGGGAUUCGAAUCAAUUGCAUCUCACCCUAUGGAGUGGCUACUCCGCUGGCGUGCUCGUUCAGUGGGAAGGCGCCUGAGAAGGUUGAAGAUGAUUUCUAUAAGAUGGCUGUUCUAAAGGGCGUAGUGUUGAAAGGUGGGCAUGUUGCGCAGGCUGCUCUCUUCUUGGCCUCGGAUGCAUCGGAGUAUAUUAGUGGCCAUGAUUUGGUCAUUGAUGGCGGUGUCACUGUGGUCAUGCGUGAGUAGCUAGAAUAUGUAUUUGUUUGUUUUGCUUUAAUAAUUGUUUACUGGGGUAGUGGGUGUCAUUCUAAACUUUCUCUUGUUUAGAUUGACGUUAUAUAUCCACUAUGCACUCAAAGUUUGUCGGCUGUUAUAAAAAAAUAUAUUUAAUAGAUAAUAAAAGGUUAUAUAUGAUAUGAUGA